CCGCUGGGGCGUGGGGAGGAGCGCUCGCUGAGAACGGGGCGGGCGGGGUGCGUGGUGGAGCGCGGGCGGGACCCUCGUGGGUGGAGGGCUGGGGGCGGCACCAACUGCUCUUCUCCCGGGUGCCGCCACCCCAGGCCCGCGGGCUCCCGGGCUCCGUCACCUGCGCCCCGCCCCUGCGGCCGCACUCCAGCCCCGGAACCGCGGAGGCGCGACCCCGCCUUGGGAAGGGCGAGGUUCCCGUCCCGACGCGCGGAUUUGUGUCCGGGCAGUAGCCCCGCCGUUCUCGGCAUGUGGCUGCGCUGAGAGCCGGCCUGCCCGCGGAUCCGGGGAGCCGGGCGUUGGCUCCCUUUCCCUGCUGUGUGAGAAGGUGGACCUGCAGCCGGCAGGAUGACCAACCCUGCGGCCGCGCAGAACCAGGAAAUAGACUGUCUGAGCCCAGAAGCUCAGAGACUGGCGGAGGCCAGGCUGGCGGCAAAGCGCGCGGCACGAGCAGAGGCCCGAGAGAUCAGGAUGAAGGAGCUGGAACGGCAGCAGAAAGAGAUCUAUCAGGUUCAAAAGAAAUAUUAUGGGCUGGAUACAAAGUGGGGCGACAUCGAGCAAUGGAUGGAAGACAGUGAGCGCUACUCCCGUAGAUCCAGAAGAAACACGUCGGCGUCUGAUGAAGAUGAGCGCAUGUCAGCGGGUAGCCGCGGAAGUCUGAGGCCCUCCUGUAUGUACGGCGCUGCCCGGCCGGCUGGGAGUUACCGGGCGUCUGUGUCGGAUGAGAGCAGUCUCGGUGGGGCUCGGCGGAGCAGUGCCUGCGGUUCCCACGCUCUGGGUGGGCAGCCCUCGGAGCACAGCGGCCACUUCAAGUCCAGCUCCCGCAGCUCCUCGAGAGGCAGCUCGGCGCGGGCCAGCCCAGUGGUUGAAGAGAGACCAGAAAAAGACUUCACAGAGAAGGGGUCUCGUGGCCUGCCCAGCCUGUCUGCAGCCACACUGGCCUCCCUGGGUGGGACCUCCUCUCGAAGGGGCAGCGGGGACACCUCCAUCUCCAUUGACACCGAGGCCUCCAUUAGGGAAAUCAAGGAACUCAAUGAGUUAAAGGACCAGAUUCAGGAUGUAGAAGGCAAAUACAAGCAGGGAUUGAAAGAGAUGAAGGACUCACUAGCAGAAGUUGAAGAAAAAUAUAAGAAGGCCAUGGUUUCCAACGCUCAGCUAGACAAUGAGAAGACAAACUUUAUGUACCAGGUCGAUACGCUAAAGGACACGAUGCUGGAGCUUGAAGAGCAGCUGGCUGAGUCCAGGCGGCAGUACGAGGAGAAAAGCAAAGAAUUUGAAAGGGAAAAGCAUGCCCACAGUAUCCUCCAGUUUCAGUUUGCUGAGGUGAAAGAGGCCCUGAAGCAAAGAGAAGAAAUGCUUGAGAAACAUGGAAUAAUCCUAAAUUCAGAAAUAGCUACCAAUGGAGAGACUUCAGACCCUCUAAAUAAUGUUGGCUAUCAAGGUUCUACAAAGAUGACAAAGGAAGAGUUAAAUGCCCUCAAGACAACAGGGGAUGGGACGCUAGGAAGAGCCAAUGAAGUGGAGGUGAAAAUUGAAAUGGUGGAGAAUGAGGGGAAAAGAGAAAUCUUGCAGAACACUGAGCAAAGACAGCCCAAAGAGGACCCAGGAAAGGACUGUGUGGACACAGAGGUGUUACAUCCUGGUGACACUGCCGAGGACCAGAAAACCUCUGAAGACAGUGCCCCCUCCCCGGGAACGUUAGUCAAUUCUGAGAAAGAGGAACAGGUUCAAAGCCAAAUUCUGGAGGACACUUCCUUCUUUGAAAACACAGAGCAGGUUGAGUCAAGUGAGGUCAUAAACAGUGAACUAGAUGGUGAAAUCCCAGGUCCUAGGAUUGGGCAGGGCCGCAGUAAUGCCUUGGAUAUCAAAAACCAAAGUAAAGAAUAUGCAGAAGAGUGGGAAAAAGAAACACAGGAAGAUUUUGAAACCAGCUUGGAAGAGAUGAGCAUAGAACCACGUCAGGAGGCUGCUGCUUUGCACAUACCUGAAGUUGGAGGGGAGAGCAGUGCAGACCCUGGGGAACAGAGCGGGAACCCCGCAGAGGCUGUGCCGGAGGCAGGGCUCACUGGGUUGGGGGAGCAGGUGGGCACAGUGGCCUCAAGUCCCCCAAGGGGUAUCGCUGACACCGUGAGUCACCAGGAAACAUGUGAGGUAGAUGCUCCAGAAGGCUUGGACCCAAGCUCAGGGCAUGAUUUAGAGAAAGAACUCACCAACCAGGAAGUAGCUGAGCCCAAGGAGGUCCCAAUUCAGAGCACAGAGGUAGGUGGGGCGAGCAAUGAAGAGGAGGGUAAGGGAAGAAAAUUAAGGGAUGAGAAACCAACCAAGCUGGAAGUCCAAGCCAUUCCUUGUUCUCCAGAAGCCAGAAGCAGCCCUCAGGAGGUGCCAGGUCCAAGUACGGUAGAUGCUGAAAGUGAACCCCUAGAUGUGAAAGAGCCCGAUGAAGAAAAGAAUGACCCACAGGGAGAGGCACUGGAUUCGUCGCACAAGAAAACGAAGAACAAGAAAAAGAAAAACAAGAAGAAAAAAUCACCAGCACCUGUAGAAACCAAAGAUGUUCAGAAAGAGUUAACAUUUCAAAACCCAGAUUUCAGUGAAGUGAAAGAAGAGCAGGUAAAGUUUACUGACAAAAAACCAGUUGUAGAAGCACAAAAUGAGGUCACUAAAAACCCAGAACAGAACACUGCGGUAGGAAGCAGUAAAAAUGCCGAUGGUCCAGAAAAUCCUAAAAUUGGGUUGGAUGGAGGACUUAACCAAGACGAUUCUGGUGUAAACACUAAGACAAGGAAAGCAGUAGCUGAUGGAGACACGUUGGAUUUUGCCCAUAAUACAGUUCAGUCAUCAGGCACCAGUGCCAGUAAUAAAGAGUUAGAGGAAGGUGCUGUAAAAGAUGAUGCUGAAGAAGAUGGCACCGCUCCCAGCCGUCCUCCAGGUCCAGACAGUGAGGAAGCACCAGGCAGCACCCUGCUCCAAGAUGAAGGUCCCUCAAAGAACAUUAACGAUGCCUGUCAAACAGAAGGCACAGAAGAGCAUGUGACAUCGGAAAAUCUAGGUCAGACAGUCAGGAAGGUUCCAGAUAGCAGUGGUCUAGAAAAUGAUGACGUGGCACCAGCAGGCGAGGUGGGGGACUUUAAUUCAGAAAGCAGGGAGGAGAUGAGAGGUGGACACGGGAAGGGCAGAAACAAAGAGGAGUGUACCUUGUCGUAGGUUGAGGUGGGGUCUUGGGGAGGGACCAGGACUGCACAGCAAGUCCAACCGUGAGAGACUCCACCGGUGAGACCCAGAAAAUGUUCUAGAUUGGUAUAGAUGCACCAAAUGACAAUCCACCACCAAGUUAUCUAAUCCUUGAAGCUAUAGACUGUUACCUGUAGAUUUCUGUUUCAUCACUAAGGUUAUCACCCAGAUGAGAAGGACACUUCUGUUACUGGAGUUAGUUCUAAUGGAGAGCAUUCCAAGAGCAUCAAACAAUAAUGUACACUGUUUUAUUUCUGCUUAAAAUCAGCAUCAAAAUAUUUAGCUUUUGCCUUAAGCUGAUAUGAAUGUGCAUAUUCUUGACCAAAUGUAUCAACAUCUAAUUGAAGUGACCAAAUAGUAUCCUGAGAUUUCCACAUUAUGAGUAUGCUUUAAAUGAAGGUGUCUCAUUUAAAUAUAUGUGCUUUCAUAUUUGAUCUUGAUAUGUAUAAUAUAACCUGUAUGGUAUUUUAUUUAAAAAGUGCAUAAACGGCCAAACAGCUUAUAGGUCACUGAAUGAUGAGAUUUGCAUGUUAGGACAAUAAUUAAUCAUGUUAGGGAUAGCAAAUAAACAUCUUACAGCACUAGGGAUAGCUUACUUGCCUUUACCUCAUAUAAGUAUUUUAUCUCAGACCAAUACUUUUGGAUAUCAUUCUUGAGGAUACCUGAAUUUAUUUUGUAGGAGAUUUUGACUUCAUGACAAUUAUGUACCAAAGUCAUUUUAUACAAAGACUUCUUUUUUUUUUUUUUUUUCUGGAAGAGAUACAUGUUGUAAUUGCAUUUCCUACUGCAGUAUUUGGCUAGGGAGAAUCAUUUCUAAAAUUUAUUUUUUUAACCUUAAAAUUACUUCUCUUUGUAUUUGUCUAAUCAUUAUUCAGUAGAGCAAGACAAAAGGAUGCUAUUCUUGUGCAAACUUCUGAUUAGACUCUAACAGGAUAUUUUAAAUAGUUGAAUCACUUGGUAUUCUUGUAUAAAUAUUUUCAUUUGUUGUUUUUCAGUAUAUUCUUACCAGAAAUUUCUUGUUUUGAUCUUCCUGAACAAGAUAUAUAUUUUCUAUAUAAAGAAACAUUUUAAAAAUAAUUGUAAAGUUAAAUUAAAAACCAUUAUAGAAUAUUAAAAUUACAGAGGAAUGUACAGUUUGAAUGCUGUUGACACUUUAUGAGAUCAUAUGACUUUGUAUUAUUGUUACAAGACAUAAUUGAGUGCAAAAAUGACCAAUACCUCAACAAAAUUUGAAAUAAAAACAUG